GUUUGAUAAUAAUGGGGCAGUCUGUAGAAAAAAUGAUUUUAUAUAUCAUAUUAAAUUAUAAUAAAUAAAAUAUGUUUAAUUAAAAACCAUGUGAUAAAAAUUCAUGUGAUGUGAAUUUAAUUAUUUGAUAAAAUGUUUCGACGACGUUUAGAUUUUUCGCCAGGAACGAAUGGAGCAAAAGCGGAAGCUGGAGGGUUGGAAACCGGGGGAGGAGAUCGGGGUAGCGAUGAAGAAUUACACCCUGACGCGCUUAUACGACAAAAUUUUGAGCUACGUCAUCGCUUGGAAGAAGAAGCUGCGAGUUAUAAACGUCGGUUGAAUACUUACAGACAAGCGCAGCAGCAUCAGGCUGCUCUGGUUUCUCGUUUGCAGGCAAAAGUGUUGCAGUACAAGCAGAGAUGCUCGGAGCUGGAGAACCAGAUGGUCGAAUCACUGCCUGUGGAAGUGUCAAGAGUGACAGUUUCGUCACCGAGCACUUCUGCGCUGGAAGCUGCCCAUCAGACACUGAGGGAGUUGCGGGACGAACAGAUAACUGAUUUGGAGACGGCGAUUCGGAAGCUCAAUGAGGAGAGACGACGCUCGGAUAAGCUGAUGGAGAUAAAUACGUCUUUGAAAAAUCAAUUAGAAGAAUCGCAUAGAACUAAUGAGACAUUGACCAAUGAUCUGCAGAAAUUGAGUACCGACUGGGAUGUGCUGAGAGAAGAAAUGGCCAUCAAGGAGGACGAGUGGAAAGAAGAGGAACUGGCAUUCAAUGAGUACUACACGUCAGAGCAUCAUCGUCUGCUGAACUUGUGGCGUGAUGUUGUCGCUCUUAAACGUCUUUUUUCAGACAUGAAAUCAUCCACGGAAAGAGACCUGACCAAGUUUCAAAAUAAAUUGUCAACUGCCACAAAUGACAUGACGUCGGCUUGCAGUGGCGUUAAACUUGCGCUACAAAUUCAGUCGAGUGCAUUGCAAACUUCAGUUACUCAGCAGUAUCACGCUCAGGAGGCCUCGGACUUGAAGACAGAACUGGAUAAUAUUAAACAGCAAUGGGAGAUUGCGCAGAAUGAAAUGAGAAUGAAAGAUGAUCGCAUCAACCAACUCAUCAGGGAGAUACACAGCAUUGAAGAGAGAUGUGGCAAAGCUGAGGCUGGUAUUGGACAGGCUGCUAAAAUUCAAGAGGAUGUUGAAAUAUUAGAAGCUGCUCUCCGCGAUAUUGCUCACGCGGUGAUUCAAGAUGCUGAAACUCGUGAUAUUGAAAGUAUCCAGGCACCUCCGCAUGUUCAUUUGUCCCCGAGUAGCGUCGUUUUGUCUCAGCGAUCGCCUAAACGCGGCACGCGAAGCAAUACCAUUCCCGCGUUUGCUGAGAGUACAAUAAGUGCCGUGCAAGCGGCGCUGCACAAAUACCAGCUGACUAUUCAUGAGCUUCAAGUUAAAUUACAAACAAAUGCUGAGCAAUUAACACUGACGCGGAAACAAUGCGACUCGGCUGAAGAAAAUGUCCAAUUGCUGGAAGAACGGACGUCUGAAUUGAUAAUACAACUUGAUACCACGCGUGCUCAGUGCACGCAACUGCUACAGGAGCGCGAUAUGCUGCAGAAAAGUUUGGAUACUGUUAGAAGUGAAAAGAUUUCAUUGGAUAAAAACAAAGUUGAACUCAAUCAUACUAUUGAGGAUCUUAACAGCGAUUAUGAGAAGCUGCAGAAAGUAAACAGUAAAUUACAGAAAGUAUGCGACAGUCUGGAAGAUGAUAAGAUUUAUUUGCAGAGUGAGCUGGACAGAAUUAAUAAAGAGUUUGAGCUGAGAGAAAUGAGCUUCAGAUCUGAAGAAGAACGAUGCAGUCGCAUGCGCGAAGAAUUAUUGACAGUACGUGAGGAAUUGAGUAAAAUUUACUUGGCCAAAGAUAUGCUGGAGCAGCAGAAACUUGAGUCUGAUAAUUUGAUAACGCAGAUUGAGAAAAGCAAAGGGGAUUUGGAGUUGGAAUUAGAGCGGAUUCUCUUGGAAAAAUCUGAUAUUCAAGAUGAGCUGAUAAAGUCAGAGGCUAUUUGUAAUAAUCAUGAGAAAGACAAACAACGACUUGCUGAGGAAUUAAAGCGGAUGGACGAGGAGAAAAAUAAAUUAGCAAGUCAAUGCUGUGAUCAAUCAGGGGAUUUAAGUUCUUUGAGAAAAGAAUUAUUGCAGGCUGAGCAAGCGCGUUUGGAUUCAGAGGCUGAUAAGGUAACGUUGAAUGAGAAAAUAAAAUUUUUGGAAAUUGAAAAAGAGAAGGUGGAGAUUGAGCUGGGCCAGGUGAUGCGCGAGCGCAGUGAUUUGAGUAAUCAGUUGUCGAUACUCGCGCGGAAAAAGGAGUCUUUGAAUGAGGAGCUGAUGAGGACUAAGCAGCGACUGGAACAGUCGAAUGAAAUGAAUGCGAGGAUCAAUAGAAAUUUGGAGGAGCUGGUUAAGGAUAAUGAAGAGAAGCAGGUUGUGUUGGAGACAAAUGAAAAAGAAUUUCUGCGAAUGCAGGAAUUAUUGGCCUCGGUGAGAAGUGAGAAAGAAACUUUGGAAGGAGUGUUGUUUGACACCCAGACAAAUCUUGAAGCGACGCAUUUGAAGAAGGUCCAGUUGGAAAAAGAGCAGCAGGAGUUGUUGGUAAAGCAAGAAGCUCUGAAAGGACAAAUUGCGAGAUUGACUAAAGACCUGGAGAAUAGUGAAAAACGCGCGCAAGAUAUCAAACAAAAUCUUACUCAGCAGCGAGGCAACCAGGAGGCUGAGUUCCAGCAAAUUAUUGCUAACAUGAAGAAACAAAAUGAAGAUACGUGUAAAAAAUUGAAUGAGGAAAAAGAGCAAAUACGUGUGUCACUUGAAAAGCGGCUGCAGCAGACAGUGAGUUCACUGGAGGGUCAAAAAGAUGAUGAAGUCAAUCAGAUGCUGAGUAGGAUUGAAGAGUUACAGCAGCAUAUCGAUAAUUUGUGUCAGCAGCACGAGGAAGCUCUCCUGCGUGCUGAAAAUGACAAACAACAGGCUCUGCUUAUUGCUCAUCACGAUCAGCAGGCGUUGAUGGAGAAGCUUGACAAUAUUUUCCGUGAACUGGAGAGUGAAAAGGGGACCUUGGAUCGGCUGCGAAGAGAAGCCAAUGCACGUGCAGAGCAGGAUCGUACGAACAUCAAUCAGCUGCGUGAUGAAUUAAGUCGUAUGAAGACGAAGCUUGAGGAAACUAAACUACAAGAUGACGAGGAAAAGAUGAGACUGGAGUUGAAGAUUGAAGAUUUGCUGAAAGAACGGGAGACUGCUCAAAAAGAAUGCGAAGAACUGAGGGUCCAGCUUCAAGUUGCUGAAGAUAAAGUUGAUAGUUUGCAGAAUCAGUUACACGAGACUACGAGGAAGCUCAAAGACGCGGAAAAUAGUAUUGAGUCAUUGAGAAAAGAGCUGGUGGAUGUACGAAGACAGUUGGCCGAUUCGAAUUACGCUAUGGAUAAAUACAAUAAUACGAAUAAAGAAUUGCGUGAACAUGUUAAGCGUAUUGAGGGUGAAAAGAGAGAGCAGUCACGAGCGUUAGAAGAAGCUUAUCAAAAAAUAGCGACCAUGGAAGAUGCACGAACAGCCAUGGAAGCUGAAAAGUCCCGGCUUCAAGGACAAAUAAGAGACAUGGAGCAUGAGAUAAUCCAAACUCAACAGCAGCUUCGGUUCACUGAAGGUGAAUUGCAAAAGAGUCAGUCUGCUAAUUCUCAAGCUCAGAAUGAAGAACGCGAGUUACAAGGCCGGUUGGCGAAUGAAAUAGAAGAGAGAGAACGUCUUCAGUUGCAGUUACAUCAGCUGAAGAAACAGGUGGUGGAUCUUGACAAUAGUCUUGAAGUAACUAGACAGGAUAUGGCCAAAAUGAGAUCACGCGCUGAUGAAGAAGACGAGAGAUGGCGUGCGAGAGAACAGGAACUUCUUGUUAGGCUGGAAGACAGUCGAUGUAGAGAGAGAAAACUUGAAGACCAGAAACACAAUCUUGAGGUAUGUCUGGCUGAUGCAUCUCAGCAGCUACAAGAGCUCAAAGCUCGCUUUGGUGGUUCUGAAGGAAGAGUUAGGGCUUUGGACAGUCAACUGGCACAGCUGGAGGCUGCUAAAAAGGAAGUUGAACAGAAAUUGAGUAGCGUUGGUUCAACUCUGCGGCGGAUUGCUGGUAUUCAACUGGAUGGUACUGUCAAUAUGCCGUUUAAACUUAUGAGUCCAUCGAGAAGGUGGAGUCCGGCGCGUGUUUCUCAUCAGGAGCAUGAUGUCUCUCGGGAUGUAAUUCUUGAUGUCGACCCGGAGGCCGUGAGAAAAGGUGUUCGUUCGUUGAUGCAGCAGGUGGCGCAGAUUGAACGUGAGAGGGAUGAUUGCAAGAACGAGCUGAGUAAUGUUAAAAAACAACUGGCUGAAGCUCAAGAGUGUCAAACUAAAUCAGUCUCCAAGAUAAACAAUCUCAAUAUUACUUUAAGGAACAUCCAAGACGAAAAAGCGUCACUGGAGACACAGCUGUCACAGAAACAGACCUCUUAUCAGAGUCUGCAUGAGGCGUUGCACCAAAAGACUCAAGAAAAUGAAUAUUUGCGUGAAAAAGUAACAGCCUUAGAGCUGACUGUCAGCAGCGAGUCUGAGGAAAAAGGACAGUAUGAAGAAAAAUUAGAAAAAAUGAAACAAGCAUUCAGUAGGUGUGACAAUGAGAAACGUAGCUUGCAAGAAGACUUAGGAAGGUCUGAAGCCCGGUCAACUAAAUUAGAACUGCAGCGAAUGUCGCUCGAGGGAGACUUGCAGCGGCUUCAAAUGGUUUUGCAGGAAAAAGACGGAAACCUUCAAAAGCUACAAGACCGCUUUGAUGCCCAGGUAAAAACAUCAACUGGUUUGGAAGAACGAUGUGCGUCAUUGAAGUCUACUAUAGAGCAGUUGAAUGUCUGCUUGGAACGUGCGUCAGCCACUGAGAGCGAACUGAAGAGCGAAAUAAAUUCAAUGCGACGUACAAUUAUGGAAAACAAUGCGCAGAUUCAAAGUAUCAAUGACCGGGUUAAGCAGCUACAGAAACAACUGGCCAAUGCUGAUAAUGAACGGCGAGUUGUCUCAGAAAGACUGGAUGCUGCUCAACAAUCGGUUAUGGAGUUGAAACACGCGAAUCAAACUCUGAUGGAUCAGAACUCCCGGUUACAAAAUGAUUUGGCGAAUAAUGAAGUCCAGCGUUCUGGUCUCGAGUCACAAUUGAGACUUGCCACUUGGCCACAAGAGAGUCCUUCGAAUAAGGAUGACGAGGUAGUAAGACAGCUCCAUGCAGUUCAAAGAGAUCGCAGUGAAAUGCGCGGGAAACUGGACGCACUCAAUGACAAAGUGAGACUCUUGGAAAUCGACAAGCGCAAUCUCGAAAGACAAUUAGCAUCCGCUAGAGCCAGCGGUGGACGCAGUAAGAGCUAUGAACGUCCUGAGAAAGCUCAUAUUGAGCUAAUGGGAUCAAAUGUUAGUGUUGAUCUACUGGAGCAAGAGAAUCGUGAUCUACGUCUGAAAAUACGCAGACUGGAGACUCUGCUUGCUGAGAAAGAAGCUGAAGUUCUUAGAUGCAAAACGAUGCACAGUCAUUCCCACUCGGCCAGAGAAUCGAGUCGCGAUCGAAUGGCGGAAAUCGAGAGAUUGAGAGCUGCUCAACUGCAGGCUGAAAAAUUGUUGGAAGCACGCGAGCAGAGUCAUCGACAGCAGGUUUUGCGGCUGGAAAAUCAGAUCCAGUUGUUGCGAGAACAAUUGAGCCAGGAAAUAAAACGUCGGCAGCUCUAUGUGCUGCGCAGCACACGUGCCGGCAGAGAAAUGCAGCAUCUACGCCAAGCACUGGGUGAUUCUUUAAAGACUGUAGCACAAGAUCCGUCUCUAGAUGCUGUUCUGUUGGAGCACGAAGCCAGAAAAUUAGACAGCACGGUAACAAGUACCACAAGUUUACCGCCUUCGUUGGCGCUUCCUGCUCCAUCGUCGUACGAUAGAUAUUCUCCGAUUCCAUCACCGUUGAAAUAAAGUUUUUUUAUUUAUUCAGUACUAAAGCUAACUUGAUAUAAUGACAGCAUGUGUUCAAUAUUUAUGUGUUCCCUAUCAAAAAAAUCCACUUAGGAAUCCAGCUUAGAUUUCCAUCACGUGUUUUCCCAUGGGAUUCAAAACCAUGCAAAAAUCCAUGUCAGACAUUCAAGUUCUUAUAUGUAUUUUUUGUAUGGUAUCGUACCCAUACUUUUCCACAUGAAUCCUUAUGGGAAUCCAUAGUUUCCUACAUGGAUUGCUAUGGAUUCUUAUAUAAUCUUACAUGGAUUUUUUUGAUAAGGUUUCUACUUUGAUAAGUUAUAUUUAUUAAUACUUUUGGUAAAUUUUUACACGGCAAGUGCCUUCAAAAAAAGUUUUUACUAUUUAUAAAUGAAAUUAUUGAUGACAUUGAUAAACAUGUGUGUCGUACAAAAUAGCCAUAUAUUGCGGUAAUGAUAAAAAAAAUAUAUCAUUCCAUAGUCUAAUUUUAGUCUUGCCAGUGGUACUUAAAAAAUUUUUAAUAGAGUAAUUUUACAGCGUGAUACUUAAGUAUACUUAUAACUUAUUUAUUAAUGUAGAUAUAGAUUUUAAUUUUUUUUUUAAUUACUUUGUUUACAAAGAAAUUACGUCAUUGCAUUUCGACAUCCGUCCAUAUCAUUUUUAUAGUACAAAUUUUUUUAUUUAUUGAAUUUUUUUAUUUUGUAGCCUUUUAAGAAAAUCAAUUAUUAAUCCGUGUUACGUUUUUCGUAAUGAAGAAAAAAAAUAUCUGUGAGUAUUUAACGUAUGAUAUUUAAUGAGGAAGGUGAUAAUUGCUACGUAUGGUCUUGCAAUGAGACUAAAAUAUUAAAAUGUAGCAAAAGUAUUGUAGAGUAUCAGCUUCCGAGAUUAGUCAAAGAUCGAACGAUCAGUCGGAUAAAGUGGAGUUUAAAAUAAAUUACUGGAAGAAGCUUUUUAAAGUAUGUAGGUAUCAAGGAUUGUGUCGGUUCUUUAGUACAGAGAACAUUUGACAUUCAGUCCGUAUAUAGGCCUGCGGAUUAUUAAUUAUUUUAAUAUUUUAAAAUACUUGGUAUUAUUAGUUGUAAUUAUUAUUUUAUUUAAAUUAUUUAAACCAAUUGAAUGCCCUAUUGCCAUUUUUUUUUUUUACAUUUUUUUUUGUAAUUUAAAAAAAUAUGUAAAUGCCAUGUUGAUUAUAUUUAUUAAUGUUAAGAUUUUAAA